AUGUCUAGACCAUCCGGCUCCUUCUCUGCCCCUCCGCAAGUCCACACUUUUGACGGACUACUCUCCGACUUUGACGGCACUAUCGUCGACUCAACCGAUGCGAUUGUGAAACACUGGCACAAAAUCGGUGCGGAGUUGGGCGUUGACCCCAAGACCAUUUUGGCCACUUCCCACGGCCGCCGAAGCAUCGACACGAUCCAGUUGUACGACCCGAAGAAGGCCAAUUGGGAGUAUGUCAGCUACAUCGAAGGUCGCAUCCCGAAGGAAUACGGGUCGGACGCCGUCGAGAUUCCCGGGGCGCGGUAUUUCAUGUCAGCGUUGGACGACGCCGGCGCUCGCUGGGGCGUGGUGACCUCUGGAACGCGUGCGCUGGUGGACGGCUGGCUGGGCGUGCUGAACCUCGCCCACCCCAAGGUCUUGGUGGUGGCGGAAGAUGUCGAGCUGGGCAAGCCUGACCCCCGGUGCUAUCUGCUUGGUCGGACGCGCCUGGGUCUGGAGCAUUCCUCGUCUCUGGUAGUUCUGGAGGAUGCGCCGUCGGGCAUCAGGGCUGGUAAGGCGGCCGGGUUCAAAGUCAUUGCGCUCACGACGACCCACACGCUUGCGCAGCUCCAAGAAGCCGGUGCCGACUGGAUCGUCGAGGAUCUGAGAAGCAUCAGCAUCAAGGGCGUGGUCGAUGGCCAGAUGCAGUUGGAAAUCCGGAACGCCUUCCAAUAA